GAGGAGGGUGAGGAGGGUGGUGGAGGUCGGCGGGAGGAUGCGCGAGUACAAGGUGGUGGUGCUGGGCUCGGGCGGGGUGGGGAAGUCGGCGCUCACGGUGCAGUUCGUGACGGGCACGUUCAUCGAGAAGUACGACCCCACCAUCGAGGACUUCUACCGCAAGGAGAUCGAGGUGGACGCGUCGCCCUCCGUGCUGGAGAUCCUGGACACGGCGGGCACGGAGCAGUUCGCCUCCAUGCGGGACCUCUACAUCAAGAACGGGCAGGGCUUCAUCCUGGUCUACAGCCUGGUCAACCAGCAGAGCUUCCAGGACAUCCGACCCAUGCGCGACCAGAUCAUCCGCGUCAAGAGGUAUGAGAAAGUGCCAGUAAUUCUGGUUGGUAAUAAAGUGGACCUGGAAAGCGAGAGAGAAGUAUCGUCGAAUGAAGGCAGAGCCUUAGCCGAAGAAUGGGGCUGCCCUUUCAUGGAGACCUCUGCUAAAAGUAAAACAAUGGUGGAUGAGCUCUUUGCGGAAAUUGUUAGACAAAUGAACUAUGCAGCACAGCCAGACAAAGAUGAUCCAUGCUGUUCUGCAUGUAAUAUACAAUAGCAUUAAAAAUGACCUAACCUGGACUUAAUUUGCAGAAAUUUUGUAAGGUGGUAAAACUGUCUACUUCACUUCCUGGUUUGUGGGUCACUUCAAAUACAUCUGUAGUGAAGUAGCAUCAUUAACUCAGAGCUGAGCAUUGAAAGUCAAUCACUGACUCUGGAUAUAUAAUUGGGUUAAAUGACCACAUCUCACCCGUUUUUCCCUUUGAGCACCUGCAAUUUUAUGGCCUAGCCAGUUGAUCUACACGGUCAUUCCAGUUGAGCGUACACGUGUUGUCACGUCACACGGCAACAACAGCAACCGUUUCCGAAGAAGUUAGAAACCCUUUGGAAAUGGGAAACAGAAGCAGUGGAGAAAAUUAUCACUGAAGACCAUUCACGUCUAGCAUAAGCGCAAAAGGAGAGCCAAGUCUUUCAAAUUGCUGUGUUUCAGAUGUGCGCUAUCACUUGUGGCCAAGUUUGUUCAGUCAAAUGUGUUGAUUUCACCUGAAUUUCUGACAGUGUUAGAGGAAGAGGUUACCAGAGACCUGUAUAAGUUUGGAUUUUUUUCAAAAGUGAUGCUAUUAUUUCAACACUUUAUCCCACAUCUUGAAAUAGAAGACAUUGCCAUCGGUGUGUGAAACGAGAGGCAAGAUCCGAAAAGAAGUGGCAGGUGAAGAAACAGUACGGCAUUGGAAUGUUUUAAAUCUUUUGUUUUGCUGCUCAAAAAUGGAGGAUCGCUUCAGGUUUUGGUCUGCAAAAAGCCAAACAAACCCUCUGUUUACAAAGCAGGAAGCAUCUUUAUUUAUCACUUUACUGAACCAGGAGGAAGCAACUGUGAUGAAAAAAUUGCUGAGCCUUACUAACAAGGAACACUUUAAUAGUUUAACUAGUACCAUCUUGUAAGGAAAAUUAAGCCAUGUUGCAUCCAUAUGUUCCCUUCUGCAGAAACCUCAUGGGACAGUAUGAACAUCCUGCAUUUUUAAGUUUGUUGAAGACAACAGUUUUUCUUGCCUUGAAGGGCUAUGUUCUCUGGUGUGAUCCCUAACUAACCUUUGAAAAUCACGUUUGCUAUUUCGUAGCUUUAAUAUUGAAAACGCAAAUUGGAUAACCACGUGAAAUCAUUUAGUUCAGAGGUGAAAUAGUUACAGUUAUAAUUCCUUAGGUGAGCGUGGAAAUGGCUCUUUAAUUGCCUGACACACUAUUCAAAGGUUUCCCCAAUUAUUGGAGUGUUAAAUGGUGGGAGCAAAUGUUUUAUUUUGAAAGGAUGCUCGAGCUCUGGCUUGCUAGUUUCAUAGCAGUGAAGUAUUUAUCAUUUGCAUGACUAAUGGCACAGAAAUACCUAUUCUGAAGUCUUACAAUCAAAGUAUAGAAAAGUUUUCAAUCACAAUGUUUAGAUUUUAAAUGCUGGAGAGAUUGUCUUGAGCUGGAUCUUUUAUAGGUAAAAUUGGCCAUAAAAAUACAGUCACUGAGCCUGUGGUCUAAAUAACACCAUGCAUUCAUUAGUUUUUCAAUCUUGUGCAGUAACAGUGUAGUUCCUUGUGUUUCAAUGAGUGAAAACAGGGGUGCUGGGGUGUGCGUGUGUGUUGAGUGUGUACGUGUGUGUGUAUAUGGCCCUUAGAAAUGCUGUAAUUGGAGUUAGGUUCGAGAGUUUUGCCUCCAUCUGCAGAACUGCCUAAAAUGCUCUCAUCUUCUACAAAGGAAACUGAAGUGCAACACGCUUUGCAGAUUUGCAUACGUAUUCUUAACGUUUUAAAUUGUAGUUCGGUGGAUGGUAAACAAAGGAAAUCAUGUUAACGGAAGAGAACUGGCCAUCUCUGCCCUUACUCUUUCAAAACCUUUCCACAGCCAACGUCUGGAAGGGCAUUAGAUGUCACAAAAAAUGACGCCUUACUCGAAAGUUAAUGUAGCCCUUUUUCCCCAUCUACCUUACAGAGCUUUUGUUACCACGCUUUGCUCUUUCUCUUAGAGAGGUAUUCACACCAUUUAUUUCUGGCAUCUGAAUGCCCGUCCUGGGUGCUCUGAAUCGCCCUCCUAGAGGCACCUACCUCUUUCCAUUGACUAUAUAGCAAACAUAGGCUUUUAGUUUGGGUCCACAGCUUCUAUGCCUAAACUAGAUGGUAUGAAUGUUCUCUUCCCCCCCGCCCGUUGUGUCAGCCACCAUGCUUAAGCAAGAUCAAUUCAACAGCUGGAGUCUUGCUUGGUGACAGUUUUUUAAGAUAUCUAGACUGGGAAAUUAUGGAAACAUUGAGCAGCACAAAUUGCCAAAUAGCUUGUCAGUGUGAGAUCCGCUGUAUAAGCACUCAAAAAAGUCAAAAAUACUUAAUUGGAAGUGCACGUUAUGCAACAGUAUUUGCAGAGGGGUAUUAAAAAUCUUACCUUGGAAAUUGUUAAUUGACCACAAAAUGGCAUAAAGUACAGUAUGAACAGCCUAAUGUGGAGUUCAUAUUGUAAAACAGAUUUAAUAUAGGAAAAAUUGCACAGUACAAUUCCUUACAGAAAAUAUUAGUGAAAAUAUUUCCCAGUCUUGCUUUUUCAGUACACUUUUACAUCUUCAAAAACUUAGGCUGUGUUUGCUACCAUAUAAAUACUGCGGGGGGGAAAAGCGUAAGUGUUGUUUUUCGUAUAAUUCCGAGGAAGUAGUUAUGCACUAUUUGUAUUUCCACUAACGUGAAGAUAGUGGAGCUUGAAUCAAUGACAGUUGCACUUGACAGAUUUUUCCCAAAAUCCAGGGGUAGCAGAAACGCAGUAGAGUGAGCCACACGGCGGUUUUGUGGCCACCCCGUGGGAGUCAUUGGUCGUUGUUUAAUUUGUACCCUGAUCGGAUUACCAAUUAUAGUAUUGGAAAGUUUCUUAUAACAUGCCUUAAAAUGUUAUGAUUUGUUCCAAAGACCCGCUUUUUCCUUUGGCUGUUCUUGUAGAGCUUUGUCCUUUUCUACAAAGACAGCAUUUCUCCUGUUCUUUUGUGUUUUUGUUGUUUUGUUUGUUUUUUUAUAUAUAUAUAUAUAUAUAAUGUUGCAACUUUUAUUCUUUUAAGCCAUGAUAGUGAUAGCAACUGUUUCCUCUUUCCCUUAAAAAUGCACACAAGAACUGGUCCAAGCAAACAAACGGGAAUCAGAUCUCGAGUAUUACACGUAGUUGCUUUUGUUGUUGUUGUUGUUUUUCGCCCCCCCUUCAAAGCAUCAAAACAAUUUGGUGACUUCUGUUCUGGUUCUAGCCUCUCCCUAACCCUAGCGCUACAGUUGCCAUUACUUUUCUGUGGGAAAACUACUGGUAUUUGCUUUCCUGUAUAGAAUGUUGCCUAAAGAUGUCAGCCAUUUGGUUGGGGGGGGUUGUGCAUGUUUGUUUUUUUAUUUUUAUUUUAUUUUUAUUUUUUUGCCAGUGUACUGUCAAAGCACUGGCUAGGCUUUAAUUGUGAAACUCCGCGACAAAAGCAAAUGUUUGACAACUGCAGGAGGCUUUAUCUGCAUUGUUGUGCAUCUGUUAAUUCUUGAUCAGGGUUUGAAGAAAGACUGAAGUGGGUGCUGGAACCAGGCUUAACGCUGUUGAUUUGGAGUUUCCCAGAGGAUUAUGUAUUUCACAGAUAAUGUAUUUCACAGAUAAUUGUUGAGCUCUAAUACAACUGGCAACUUAAAAUGGGGCAACAGUUUGUUUUGUAACAAUGUCAGUUGUUUAAACCUUGAUGUUUCAAAUAAAACAAGAAUUGUACAUAGAACUCAAUGCAAACUCAGCAGUUGUAUUUGGAGUUAAAUUAUUUUAACAAAUAAAUUUAUUUAAUGAAACCUCCCUUGGAUUUUCCGUAUUGUCCGUUUUGGUCUGGUCAUAAAGUUCAUCCAAAGCUAAUAACAAGAGCUGCCGAGUAAUUUCAAACAUGCUGUCAAUUACUCAGGGAUUCAGCGAAGCAUUUUUUGCCAAAAUGCUCUUCUAGUACAAAUUAAGAAGCAAUAAGAAAAAUAUAUUUUCAUUUUAACAGAUGGAUGCAUGUUGUGAUUUAAGUUAAUGCUUGACAAAGAACCAAAGC